AUGCGGGCCAGACUCGCUCUGCGGCGGGAACAGCCCGUCUUCGCCGUCGUCGUCGUUCCCACCUCAGCAACUCCCCGAUUCCGCUGCGCCCGAUCCUUCCCCGCACCGGCAAGAUUCCUCUCCUCAAAGUCCCGGCCAAGUCUUCCGUUCUUGACAGUACCCCAGGCAAGCCCUUCGGUUGCGCGAUUGUACACGUCAGAACGCAAGCGAUGGCUCAAGCACGAGGCGAAGCUCGCCGUCAGGUACACCCUGACGCUAUGGGGUCUGGCAGCGUGUGCGCUCGUCAUCCUCUUCUUCGUGAAUGAGGAAGCCUCGGAGCGGGAGUAUCCCACGCCGCACGAGUGGGACUUUUUCACGCGGAAACUCCUGAGAGAUGCGCGCGACUUCAAGGAUCCUAAAGAUGGCGAGGUCAACUGGGCUCGAUGUCUGGAACUGGCCCGGGAGGCCGUGUUGCGUCUCGAGGAUCCCCGAGUGGGGGGCGGCAACCUCGUGAGACUGAGCGACAAGCUUGAUUUUUCCCUCGACGUGCCCGAGGAGUUUGUCCACUACGACAUCUCAGCCAUGUCGGAAGAGUGGAGGAGAGGCUACUUUGAAGCCGUCAUGCUGGCGGCCCAAGCGGCAGAGCAUGUUGACGGAUGGCUUCGCGACACGACGCGCAACCUCGUCUGCCCCCCCGAAUUCGCGGUCGGGCCUUCGAACCCACGGCCCAGGCCCAUCCCUCCCGGGAGCCCGCACGCUCCGAGGGAAGCAGACUGCCAGCUUGCCUACCCGCCCGCCGACCGCUUCUACCUCAAGAUUCUGGCCACGCAGGGACUAAGCAGCAGGCAAAGGAUGGAGGCGGCUCUGGCCUAUGCGUCUUUUACGGACUUCAAGAACAGAACAGGCGCCGAGGCGCUCUACGCCCUCGCGCUGUCAGAAGCAGGCGCUGGGCUUGAGACGUCGGACCUGCCGGACGGUGCCAAGACCCUUCUCACCAAGAGCGGCGCUCCGCCACCUUCGGCGAAUCUGCUAGAUGCCUUGACCGCCUUUGCAAACCACAAAGCCCGCCAAGGAGACGUCUCGCUGGCGCUCCCCAUCUACGUGUCCCUGCUCAAAGCUCGUCGCUCUCUCUCCGACAAGCCGACUGAAACAGCGCCUUCCAGGGCGCGGAAGCGGUCCUCGUACGAGCAGCUGACGCAACUCCUCCUCCCUCCGGCAUACCCCCCCCCGGGGCCUGACGGCACACAGCCGCCAUGGCGUGACCCGUACGAACGUUGCCAAGAGGCGGCGCUGCAUCUGUACAUGGGAGAAAUCCUCUACGCGACAUCCGCCGCAGACGAUGGCCUGGCCUGGACAAGAGACGGCGUGGAUAUCGCAGAGGAGCAGCUUCGAGCGCUCGGUGCGGCGAGCAAGGACAAGCGAGCAAAGCGCACAUGCAGAGAGUGUCUGACCACGGGCCUGGAGAACUGGUCGACAAUGGUGUCCCGCCUGGCCAAGGCCGAGGCAGCCGAAAAGAGCAACGGCGCCAGACCGAGCAUGUUUUCCUUUUGGGGCGGGCCGCAGGAUACAGACGGCAGGUGGGCAGCGGAGAAGGCCGUCGUGGAGGAGAGAACGAGGCGGACUCGCGAGCUGCUGGAGGAUGUGUCGCCCCCUGCGCCUGGCAUCACGUCCUAUUUCAAAGCAUAA